AUUGUGGGAAUGGUGAUGGUGACUUCCAGAGUUCCAAGACUGUCAGUUGACAAUGAUGAUAAGACGAUUAUUGUUCAGCUUGAAGCCUGCAACAUGGGAGCAGUGUCUCCAUGAGAUUCAUACUCUGAGAUGGAGAAAUACUCGUGACUCACAGCUUCGUUCAGGUCUAUUGGUUUUGCAGCAAAGCUGGUUACUUGGGGGAGUCAACAAAUUCAACCUGCCACUUGUUAGGCGUUUAGCAACUAAAAGGCAAGAUAAGUGUAAGAUUUCUCCAGUGAAACAAAAGCAAGUGAAAAAAGAAGUGGAGAUAAAGCAAAAGAUGACUGUCACUGAACUUGCAGAAGCAAUGGAUAAAGAUAUAGAUCAUGUAUAUGAAGCUCUGCUUCACACACAUAUUGACAUAGAUUCCAUAGAAGAGGACUUUGUCUUAGAUGAAAAAUGGAUAAAAGAGGUCAUAAAGAAAUCUGGAAUGAAAUAUAAAUGGGCAAAACUUGCAGAAGAAAAAGUAAAGGAAAAUAAAGAUGCUGUGAGGAGGCCACCUCCAGAUCCAGCUGUGUUAGUUCCCAGAUCACCUGUGGUUACUAUAAUGGGUCAUGUUGAUCAUGGAAAAACAACAUUACUUGACAGUUUGAGGAAAACCCAAGUUGCAGCAAUGGAAGCAGGAGGUAUCACUCAACAUAUUGGAGCAUUCCUUGUGCACUUGCCAUCUGGUGAAAAAAUAACCUUUCUAGAUACACCAGGCCAUGCUGCCUUUUCAGCGAUGAGAGCCCGUGGUGCUAAUGUGACUGACAUUGUGAUAUUAGUAGUUGCUGCAGAUGAUGGAGUAAUGAAGCAAACCAUAGAAUCAAUUCAACAUGCUAAAAACGCUAAUGUUCCAAUAAUUCUGGCAGUAAAUAAGUGUGACAAACCAGAGUCAAAUCAUGAAAAAGUAAAGAAGGAAUUAUUGGCUUAUGAUGUGAUUUGUGAAGAAUAUGGUGGUGUUGUUCAGUCCAUAAAUAUAUCAGCCCUUAAGGGAGACAAUUUGAUGGCUUUAGCUGACGCCACUGUUGCUCUGUCGGAAAUGUUGGAGUUGAAAGCAGAUUGUACAGGACCUGUUGAGGGUAUUGUUAUUGAAUGUCGAAAUGAUAAAGGAAAAGGACCAGUCACCACAGCUAUUAUCCAACGUGGAACAUUGACAAAAGGUUGUAUCCUGGUAGCAGGGAAGAGCUGGGCCAAGGUACGACUAAUGUUUGAUGAGAAUAACAAGCCAAUGAAAGCUGCUGGACCAAGUACCCCAGUGGAGAUAAUUGGCUGGAAGGAACUUCCAUCUGCUGGAGAUGAAAUUCUUGAAGUGGAAUCAGAGCAAAGAGCCAGAGAGGUUUUGGAUUGGAGGAAGUAUGUUGAGACACAAAAAAAACAUAAGCAAGACCUUGAAGUGAUUGAAGCAAAACAGAAAGAACAUCAGGAAAUGUACAAAAAGGAACGGGAGAGCUUUAGUAGUAUGAGCUGGAGACAGAGAAAAUCAGCUAUGUACAAGGCCAAUAAACAUCUAAUGUCAACAAGGCCUAAAGAAAGGACUGAGACUGAUGAACUUUCACUUCCAAUAAUAAUAAAAGGUGAUGUUGAUGGCUCUGUUGAGGCCAUUCUAAACAUUUUGGAUAGUUAUGAUGCUGAUGAACAGUGUAAACUCAAAGUGAUUCACUUUGGUAUUGGAGAUAUCAGUGAAAAUGACAUUGUUUCAGCAGAGAUUUUUUCAGGUCUUGUGUUUGGUUUCAACGUAAAUGCAAGUAAAGAAGUACAACAGAUGGCUACCAAGAGAGGAAUAAAAAUCAAAUUGCAUAAGGUUAUCUACAAACUUAUUGACGACCUCAAGGAUGAACUGAGUGAUAAGUUGAAACCAGAUGUCGAAGAAAAUAUAAUAGGAGAAGCAUCUGUGUUGGCAUGCUUCCAUGUAACAAUAGGUAAAGCAAAGGUUCCUGUAGCAGGGUGCAGAGUCCAGAAGGGUCAGUUGCACAGAAAGAUGAAGUUUAAGCUCACUCGUAAUGGAAAUAUUUUGUGGAAAGGUUUUCUCGCCUCUCUCAAACAUCUGAAGGAUGAUGUCCCAGUUGUAAAGACGGGGAUGGAAUGUGGCCUCAGCUUGGAUAAAGACAUUGAAUUUAAGCUUGGUGAUGAAAUUAUUUGUUAUGAAGAAAAACUAAUUCAGCAAAAAAUAUCUUGGGAUCCAGGAUUUUAAACUUGAUUACUGCAAGAACCUAAGAAUUUUUAAAAUUACUUAAAUUGCACUGUUAAUGUAAAAUCCAAUGAAAUGACCAAAUGGAAGAUUUAAUAAUGAUAUGUUCAGAAUUUCAUGGGCAACUACUUUGAAGGAUUGUGAAUGGUAUGCAGUGGAUCGAAGAUCCUUGAAAUAACUUUCUGGUAAGAAUAAUGCAAAGUCUGGCUUUGGCCUUGGUAGUUUUAAAACCACAAUUUGAAAUGCUGUUGUUUUAAUGUGUGCAUUUUUUUGCUCCUCCAGUAUCAGGUUAAGCAUUGAUUAUUGAUGAAACAUCAUUAAAACAGGCUAAAUGUGGAUCUCAAUGCUGAUGAUAUAUCUGGUUAUGCACGUGGUGUAAUGAUCUCCAUUGUGUUUUUACGUUGAAGGAGUGUUGUUGGCCAUAGGCAGCAUUCAGCAUAGAGGAUCUGGCUUAUAAAAUCCAAAUGGUAUUGAAGAACAAGAUUUUCAUAAGACUCAACUGCAACUGAACCUCGACUUCUAACUACAAAUAUGCAAAAUUAAAAAAGUAGUACUUGCAUAGUAGCUGCUAUGAAUUUAAAAAUUGGCUAUAGAAAACAAAGAUUCAAACCAAGCUGGCUGUAAUCAUAGUUAAAAGAUACUCGUAUCUUUCCAUUAGGUUUCAAUACUGAAUCAUAGUUUUAGAUAUCUUAUGGAAAGAACCUUAUAACUACGAAAUUGUUUUCUCCACUUUGUGUCUUUGAGUUGGUCUGAAAAUUAGAUGCAAGUUGCAGUGGACUGUUGGGUGUUUGAACAUGAUAUGGUGGUAAAAGACACAAUCAGAUUUCUGUUCUGGCGCUAAACUAUUGAGCAUUGAUAUGGGUAUAACAAUUCAUUAAGAUUAUUGACAAAAUAUUGGAAGUGAUGGAGACAUAAUCACACUUUUGCACUGGAGUACUGAGAAUGUACAAAGUCCAAAAUUACAGACCAUAGAUUUAAGGUGAGAGGGGUAAGUCUUAAGAGGGACUUGAGGAACAACUUUUUCACACAGCGGCUGGUGGGGGUGUAGAAUGCGUUGCCAGAGAAAGUGGUAAGGGCUAGUACAGUUACAACAUUUAAAAGGCAUUUGGAUGGGUUCAUGAAUAGGAAAGAUUUAAAAGGAUAUGGGCCAAAUGCUGGCAAAUGGGACUAGUUUAAUUUAGAAUAUCUUGUUGGCAUAGUUGAUUUGGACCAAAGGGUCUGUUUUUGUAUGUCUGUGCGAUCCAACAAACACCAAACCACACUAAUCCCAUUUACCAUUGGUCCAUAGUCUACUAUGCUGGCAUGUUUCAUAUAUUUACCACCUCUGGAUGUAAAGUUUUUUUUUCUCAAUAAUUCCUCUAAACCACUUACUCUUCACCAAACUUAAGCCCAUCUGGUCUUAGGUAUGUCUGCCAUGGGAAAGAUUCUCACUAUCUAUUCUGUCUGUGCCUCUCGUAAUGUUGUAUAUGUCAGUCACAUUCCCCCUCAGCAUCCUUUGCUCCAAGGAAAACAAACACAGCCUUUCGAGUCUCUCAUAACUGAGACUUUUCAUCUCAGGCAACAUCCUGGUGAAUCUCCUCUGCCCCCUCUCCAGUGCAGUCAUGUUCUUUUGAUAGUGUGGUGACCAGAACUGUACACAGUAUUCCAUUUGUGGAAUGCUUUACAAAGUUGUAGUAAGACAUUUUUGGUCCUAUAUUCUUCAUCCUUGCUAGUGAAGGCAAGUAUCCCAUAUGCCACCGCCUUCUUCACCAUGUGUACUGUACUUUAAGGGGUCUAUGGACCUGUACACCAAGGUCCCUUAUUCCUCCGAACUCCCUACAAACCUAUCAUAUUAUGAAUAUCCUUCCCUUAUCAGACCUCCCGAAAUGCAUAACCUCACACUUAUAAGGAUUAAAUUCCGUCUCCUGUUGUUCUAUGAAAUUUAUCAGCUGAUCAAUUUCAGACUGUAGCCUGAGACCAUCCUCUUCACUAACACUCCCUAUCUUUGUGUCAUCUGUAGGCUUCCUAAUUAAAUCUUCUAAAUUCACACCCAAGUUGUUAAUGUACACAACAAACAAACAAGGAUCCGGGUAGUAAUCCCUAUGGACACCAGUGGUCACAGACUUCCAAUUACAAAAGCAAAGCUCCACCAUCACACUUUGCCUUCUGUGUACAAGCCAGUUUUGGAUCUAGCUUGACCUUUAAUCUAGGAAAAACCUGAAUCACAUUUUCUUUUCAUUGGUAUUAUAAUAUAUUUAUAUUUGGAAUUAUUGGCUUCUUUGAAUAUUACUGUAUUAAGAUGCUGUAAGAGGUACAUCUGUCUUGGAUCAGAUUGAUGCAGGCAUUGCUACUUUAUUAAAAAGCUUUCAAAACACCCAUUUACAGUUCAAAAGUGCAGCAAAUAUACAAUUUUAGCUCUGACAGCAGUGAUUCUCAUCCACAGAAUGCGCAGCCCUCCGCUCCAACCCCCACCUCACCAUAAAAUCUGUGGACAAGGGAGGCGCAGUUGUAGUAUGGCGCAUUUCCUGUAACUCAUCCCUCACAAUCUGUCCCCACUAUAACCGCCAAGAGAAUCCUCCUCAUCCUCAUAUACCACCCCACCAACCUCCAGAUCCAACGCAACAUCCUCCGACGCUUCCGCCGUCUGCAAUCUGACAUGACCACCUAAGACAUUUUUCCAUCCCCCCCUGGUCUGCUUUCCGGAUGGACCACUCUCUCCAUGACUCCCUUGUCUGCUACACACUUCACACUCCACUCCAGCCCCAACACACCAAGCACUUUUCCCUGAAAUCGCAGGAAGUGCUACACCUGCCCCUACACCUCCCCCUUCACCCCCAUCCCAGGCCCCAAGAAGACUUUCCACAUCAAGCAGAUGUUCACCUGCACAUCUGCCAAUGUGGUAUACUGCAUCGGCCAUUCACGUUGUGGCCUCCUCUACAUCGGGGAAACCACGCGGAGGCUUGCGGACCGCUUUGCAGAUCACCUAACUGCACCUCCCAGUCGCGAACCACUUCACCUUCCCCUCCCAUUCCUUAGGCAACAUGUCCAUCCUGGGCCUCCUGCAGUGCCACAAUGAUGCCACCUGAAGGUUGCAGGAACAGCAACUCAUAUUCUGCUUGGGAACCCUGCAGCCCAGUGAUGUCAAUGUGGAUUUCACAAGCUUCAAAAUCUCCCCUUCCCCUACUGCAUCCCAAAACCAGCCCAGCUCGUCCCUGCCUCCCUAACCUGUUCUUUCUCUCACCUAUCCCUCCUCCCACCUCAAGUCGCACCCCCAUUUCCUACCUACUAACCUCAUCCAGUCCCCUUGACCUGCUCAAACUCCCCAGACUGACCUAUCCUCUACCUACCUCCCCAUCUACACUCACCCCUACUGGCUCCAUCCCCACCUCUUUAACUUGUCAGUCUCCUCUCCACCUAUCUUCUCCUCUAUCCAUCUUCAAUCCGCCUCCCCCUCUUUCCCGAUUAAUUUCAGAACCCUGUCCCCCUCCCCCAUUUCUGAUUAAGGGUCUAGGCCUGAAAGGUCAGCUUUUGUGCUCCUAAGAUGCAGCUUGGCCUGCUGUGUUCAUCCAGCUCCACACUUUUGUCGUGGAUUUUCCAGCAUCUGCAGUUCCCACUAUCUCUAGUACCAUUCCUUAACUGCUUUUACAUGCAGCAUUGUGACUUCAAAAUUUAAACAUCUGGAAUUACUUAAUUAUAAUACCUAAAAUAUCAAUAUAACUUGAAACUGCUUUCAAAGUGUGCGAGUUUUAAUGGUUCACGAAUGUACCCUUGUGUCAGUUGGUUAUAAUUAUAACAUGCAAUGUAGACUGACCCCCAUUUCUGAUUCCUUUCCAGUUGGCAUCCUUUACACAGUUCCUCUCUUCAUAUCAUUGUGCAAUGCUUCUAAAACUUUUAUCUGGUAUGAGACCAUUUUAAUGAUUCAGACUUUAUGUGAAGAUUUUGGGGGCGAUGAGAGCUUUUGAAUGGGAUCAGGGAUUUUACACAGAAGCUUCCAUAGUUAUCGUUGUUUCGAGUGCUCAACGACGAAAAUCUUAACAUAUAGUACAAGCCACACUAUAAAUUGGACUCCUACAUAAUUAUUUAUAAUACUCUUUAUAACUUUGUAAUUUUCAGCUACAUAAAAUCUUGAACUUCCACUUCUACAGGAUAUUUGAUAUUAAUGACUGUAGAUUACACACACAACCAGAUUUUAUGAUAGUCAACCAUAGGGUUUUGGAAUACACAAAAGAAAAUUUAGUGUGAUAUAACUGUAGAAGUUUUUCCAUCCCCUGAAAAUAUUACGACUCAUUUACUUUUGGUAAAAAUAUGUACUUGUUUAAAAAAACUGCCUAUGCGCAUCUCAAAUUUAUCUGAUUUGGACAAGCUUUGGAUGCUGAGAUGAAAGAAGAAAUGGCAAGUUUGUUGCACCUAUCUCAAUAUCUAGGACAUCGAUUUCAUUCACUAAUUCGUUGAGGAAAUUAUUGGGGGAAAAAUAUCUCCAAGAAAUAACUAGCACCUGGUUUUCAGAGGUUUUUUUGUGGCAGUGAUCAGAGAGUCUUUCACUACUCGUGGCCAACAAUAGAAAAAGAAGUGA